AUGGAAGGGUCCAUCCAGCUCCUGGCCUGCUUGGCAUGUGUCCUCCAGAUGGGAUCACUUGUGAAAACUGGAGAUGCUCUGGCGGAUCUGCACAACACAGAGGCGCACAGCGUGCCGGAGCAGCGCUGGUCCAUGCAGGUGCCCUCCGAGGUGAGCGCGGAGGCGGGCGACGCGGCGAUGCUGCCCUGCACCUUCACACACCCGCACCGCCACUACGACGGGCCGCUGACUGCCAUCUGGCGCGCGGGCGAGCCGUACGCCGGCCCGCAGGUAUUCCGAUGCACCGCGGCGCGAGGUAGCGAGCUGUGCCAGACGGCUCUGAGCCUGCAGGGCCGCUUCCGCCUGCUGGGCAACCCGCGCCACAACGACCUGUCACUGCGAGUCGAGCGCCUCGCCCUGGCGGACAGUGGCCGCUACUUCUGCCGCGUGGAGUUCGCUGGCGACGCCCACGACCGCUAUGAGAGCCGCCACGGGGUCCGGCUGCGCGUGACUGCUGCACCGCGGAUCGUCAACAUCUCGGUGCUGCCAGGCCCGGCGCACGCCUUCCGCGCACUCUGCACUGCCGAGGGGGAGCCCCCGCCUGCCCUCUCCUGGUCCGGCCCCGCCCUGGGCAACAGCUCAGCGAGCGAGCAGAACCAGGGUCACGGCUACCAGGUGACCGCCGAGCUGCCGGCGCUGACCCGAGAUGGGCGCUACACGUGCACGGCAGCCAAUAGCCUGGGCCGCGCAGAGGCCAGCGUCUACCUGUUCCGCUUCCGUGGCGCCCCCGGAGCCUCCACUCUGGCGCUCCUGCUCAGCGCGCUGGGUCUCAAGGCGCUGCUGCUGCUUGGUGUUCUGGGUGUGCGCGCCACCCGCCAAAGACUAGAUCACCUGGUCACUCAGGACACCCCUCCACGGUCCCAGGCUCAGGAGUCCAAUUAUGAAAAUCUGAACCAGAUGAGUCCCCCAGGCCACCAGCUGCCACGUGUUUACUGUGAAGAACUUCUGGGCCAUCAUCAUCCAGUCGUGCACCGUGAGAAAUGAAGGACAGUACCAGGCUAGACCUGUGCAGCUCCUCCUAAUUCCCCAGGUUUCUCAGCAGCCAUGGGCCAGGCGGCUUCCAGGGGGACGCAGGACCCUGCUCAUAGAGGUUCAGAGCCUUGUUGUAAUAUGCCAGUGGAGCCAACAAUCAGGAUGUGUAUAUAUAUACAUAUAUAUACACAUAUGUCCACCUGAGCCUUAGAAUGAAACUGUCCUUGUUUGUUCUUACUUAGAACUAUAUAGUAAAGCAGAUGGGAAACUAGCCAUAAGGUCUGGAGGUCCAGGCUCCAGCCUGCUCUGGUACCAACUUGCAGUGUAGACCAGGACACAUUCUUCACGUCUCUAGGACUCAUGAUUCUCCAUGACUGGCCAGUUUGUCUGAACUGAGGAAGCAGGAGAUCCGAAGGAGCUGUGUGAACUGCAAACCUAUAGCAACGGUGGGCCUCUGGACAUGCAGAAGUGAGGUAAAUGCGCAGCCUUGGGAGAGCAAAGCACUCCGGAGAACAACUCUGGGACUGGAGCUGUCCAAAGUGCUCAGAGAAACAGCAAACCCUAGAAACUUAGUAGCAGGAAGAGACCUGGAGCCUCCUGAGGUCUCCACGGGGACCAUCCCAGCCCUCUGCCCAACUGUGAUCAUGUCAACGGAUCCACACUGCUUUCAGCUGGGACCCACCAGGUGAAGGAAACUGGAAAUCCAUUGUCUCAAGCAUCUGAAGGCUUUGAGACAUAUGCCAAGAACUGGAAGACCUGAAGGGGCACUGGGUUCUAGUGAAUAAGGCAGCCGUGGCUCUGACCUCCCUCUCAGCGUAUACCCUCCAAGGAUGCACAAAGUCCAAGGGCACUGGCACCCUCUCCCCACCUGUCUUCCAUCCCAUCCAGGCGAACUUCAAGAGCAGAACUUUCCUUAGUUAUACUUCAGUGUGCGUUGUUGAUCCUGUCGAAGAAGAGGUGGACUUAGGACCAAGUCAGCCCCGAGACAGGAGGCUAAAGAGACCAUGUUUGUCCAGGGACCAUCUCUACAGGUUGAGGACAGUGGGCUUCCAGGUUUUCCUCGACACCAGUAAGAGCUGUUAAGAGAUCACAGGCGUUGACAUCUGGACCUCCUUGCAGAGGGGAGCUUUAGAGCAUCUCCAGCAAGAGACUUGCAUCACCAAGGGUAAAGAUAGGGGCAUGGUUACCGUGCAGAUUAGCACAUCAUUGGCCAAGAGAAUUCUAUGAAUUGCUGCUUACAUACUUUGUUGUGUUAUGAAUUCCUAUGUGAGAUUAUGAGACUGGAAAUGACAUCAUCAGUUGGGGGGAGCUAACAAGCCCUAAAUCACGUACUGCUGUAACAAGCCCUAAAUCACGGUGGCUGAAAAUGGCAUUUGUUUUGCACUGUAUUAGAGUUCUCUAGAGGAACAGAAUUUAUGGAAUGAAUAUGUGGAGGGAGAAAGGAGGAGGGAUUUAUUAGGAUGGACGGGUGACAGGCUAGGUUCAGUUAGUCCAACAAUGGCUGUCUACCAAAGGAAAGGCCAGAAAUCUAGGAGUUGUUCAAUUCACUAGGCUGGCUGUCUCAGCUGGCCUGCAGUAUAUUCCAGACCUCCAAAGAAGGAGGCUCUGAUGUCAGUGCAGGAAUGGACUUGUCAGCAGAAGAAAGCACAAGCCGGCACUGAGAGCAAGCUGCUUUCUUCUGUGUCCUUCAUAGAGGUUGCUAGCAGAAGGUGUGGCCCAGAUUAAAGGUGGAUCUUCCCAUCUCAAAAG